AUGGGCGACCGCACGGUCCACGUCGGCAAUCUCGAGACGUUCGUGAACGAGAGCACGCUUUACCUGCUAUUCUCGCAGUUCGGCACCGUCACCAACGUUCGCCUUGCUGGUGACCCUAAGAUGCAGACGCGAUACGCGUUUGUGGAGUUCAACGAUUCCGUUAUGGCGCACGCAGCGUGCUUGCUGGACGGGCUGCAGGUCGGCUCGCGCAAUCUCCGUGUCUCGCUCUCCAAACCAUACGCCGGGAAAGGAGCGGCGUCAGCAGCCGUGCAGAACCCCUUAGCUGCGCUGAUGGGCGGCGCGGGACUGGCAGCGACACCCGCCGUGAGCGCUGCGCCUCGGAAGCGGUCCACCGUGGAGGAUCAGGAGCGCAUUUCACGGACCAUCCACGUCCGCAAUGUCGACAUCCAGAUCACGGAGGCGAUGCUGGUGGAGUAUUUCGGCGUGUGCGGGACCGUGACGGCCGCGCGCACGGCGGGCACGAACAACCCCCGUACGGCGUGGGUCGAGUUCGCCGCGCAGCAGUCCGCGCUCGCCGCGCUCUCGCUGGACGGCCAAGUCCUUGCCGGGCAGACCUUGAGAAUCUCCCCCAGCAAGUCCGCCAUUCAGACCAACGCGCUCUCGCAGCGCAACGCGCCGCCGCCGGCGCUGCCGACCAUGACGCCCGCGAUGAUGAUGGCCGCCGUCGCCGCGCCGCAGAACAUCGUCAAAGUGCAGGGCAUCCCGGCUAAGGCCUCGGAAUCGGACGUGCGCGCGCUCGUGGAGGGGCGCUGCGGCCACGUGCGCUCGCUGAUCAUCGUGCCCGUGCCAGGCCCGCCGCCUGAGGAGCUGGCCAAGGAGAAGGGCGAGGGCGAGGAGGGGGGCGACGGCGAAGAGGGUUACAAGGGCCCGACGAAAAUGGCGACGGUGGAGGUGGAGGAUGCAGAGGCGGUGGCGAAGGCGCUGGAGCUGAACGGCACCAAGUUCAUGGGCGCUACCAUCUCGGUUGAGAAGGUUGAACCCCUCCCGCCCGCCCCCGUGCCCGCCCCUUCGUCCAUCCCUCCUGCAGCCUUCGCCAUUCCCGGCCUCGACCCCUCUCUCCUCGACCCCUCCCUUCUCUCCGAUCCCACCUUCCUAGCCGCUGCCACUGCGGCUGGUCUCCCCACCACCGCCCUGCCUCCCCCGCCCCCUUUACCUCCCAACACACAACCCACCAUCGUGGCAUCUGAGACUGGCACUGAUGGCACCGCCACAGGCACAGAAGCCACAGCAGCAGCUGCAGCAUCGGCAGACGACGACCGGAAAGACUCUCACGGGUCGCACAAGCGCUCGGCGGAUGACACUGAGGGGGGAGAGAAGCGCGCACGCCAUGACUGA